CCUGACUUGACAAGAGCAAGGGUCACUGAUUGUGUUGCCCUCUGUCCUCUUCUACUGUAGCUUGACACAUUCAUGGCAUCUGUAAAAGGAGAAUGCUCAAGUUGCAAACAAUUUAAUGCCUUUUCCUGUCUGAUCUUUUAAAAAGGCUCUAAGAAUUACUGCAAGUACCAACACUGAACUGCAAGCUGUGCCACUACUGCAUGGCAAAAUCAGCAGUGUUUCUUUAUUUGCAAGUAAUUAGAGAACAAGUGUGUUUGGAAAGCUCCUGGAGUGACUUGACUCACCUAGGUCUCCUCUUUACCUGGGUAACUGUGUUAUGGAAGGUGUCUGGAAGUUGUAGUCCUUGGUUAUAAAUUGUUCACUUUGACUGGAGAUCAUAACAGGUUAAUUAGUACUAAGGGUACAGGCUUCUUCCCAGACUUCCUGGAUUGUGAAGAUUUUUGCUCUUGAGGGGUUGUAAGAAAACCUUAGACUGAGAUCAAAGAAACUGUAGAGUCUUGAGGAGGAGCUGAUUAUAAUUGAAAAGGCUUCAUUCCCUUUCUUUAGAGGAGAAAGAACUUAAAAGCUUGUGAGGUCUUUUGUGUCUCUGUGCUGGUUUAGAAUAAAGUCUUUUCCUGUAGACAAGUUUUGAGUGCUUCAUCUUGGUAUGAUGAUACCAGGAGGGCAAAACCCAGCCUGAAAGACAAGAGACAGAGUCUUACUUUUCCUGAAGUGGAGGUGAAACGUGGUAUCCUGUGCAGUGGGGGGUUCAGUGUCAUCACAUUGUGCUGCAUGCUUCUUCCCUUCUGUCUCUCUCUCAUUCUUAGGCAGAAAGCCUGGGCCAGACCACAUGAAGAAGCACGUGAAGUUUAUUUGUCUGCAAGAUGUCAUUUGGAGGACCAAGUACACUCUUCCAGGCCACGGGAGAUGAAAGACUAAUCACAUGACACCUUUGUUCUGCUGGAGUGCUGUUCUGUGCUAAGUCAAUGUUGGUUUGUAUUAAGAACAAAUAUUAAUUGCUUCAUGUCAGCAUGUCGACUGUGACGAGUGCCCAGCCACCAGAGGAAUCUAAUCCUCCCCUCCUCGAAGAAAAACCAAAGGGAAGAUCACUCUUUAGUUUGGGCUCACUCUUUGCUAACAGGAGUGAGCAAUUUGUCAUUGCCAGGAGUGACAGUGCGCCAGAGGAGAACGUCCUGAAAAUAACCAUCACGGAGACGACGGUCAUUGAGUCAGACCUGGGCAUCUGGAACUCUCAUGCCCUCAUCUACCUCACUUUGUGGUUUUUCUUCAGCUUUUGCACUCUUUUCCUUAACAAAUACAUUCUCUCACUACUGGAAGGAGAGCCCAGUAUGCUAGGUGCUGUUCAAAUGCUUUCAACCACCUUCAUUGGCUGCAUAAAAAUGUUUGUUCCAUGCUGCUUGUACCAACACAAAACACGCAUCUCUUACCCACCCAAUUUCAUCAUGAUAAUGCUCUUUGUUGGAUUAAUGAGGUUUGCAACAGUGGUCUUGGGUCUUGUCAGCUUGAAAAACGUGGCAGUUUCAUUUGCAGAAACUGUGAAAAGCUCUGCUCCUAUUUUCACUGUUAUCAUGUCUCGGAUGAUAUUGGGAGAGUACACUGGAUUGCUGGUUAAUCUCUCUCUCAUUCCUGUCAUGGGUGGGCUGGCUCUUUGUACAGCCACUGAACUCAGCUUCAACAUUCUAGGUUUCUCAGCAGCUUUAUCCACUAAUAUCAUGGACUGUUUGCAAAAUGUCUUUUCCAAGAAACUGCUCAGUGGAGACAAAUACAGAUUCUCAGCCCCAGAGCUUCAGUUCUACACAAGUGCUGCUGCAGUGGUUAUGCUUAUUCCAGCCUGGAUAUUUUUCAUGGAUGUGCCUGUGAUUGGGAAAAGUGGGAGAAGCUUCAGCUACAACCAAGAUGUUGUCAUACUUCUGGUAAUAGAUGGAGUCUUGUUCCACCUACAAAGUGUUACAGCCUAUGCCUUGAUGGGAAAAAUUUCUCCUGUGACUUUCAGUGUUGCUAGUACUGUGAAGCAUGCCCUGUCCAUCUGGCUAAGUAUUAUUGUGUUUGGUAACAAAAUCACAAGCCUCUCAGCCAUUGGGACUGUCCUGGUGACAAUUGGAGUUCUACUCUAUAACAAGGCAAAGCAGCAUCAGCAAGAGACUAUCCACAGCCUGGCAGCUGCAGCUCCCCAGGCUACACAAAGCACAGCAGAAGAUACUGAGCCACUAAUUUCCAAGGAUUUGGAACCUUAUGAUUAAUUUGGCCAUUUACUCUUCCAACCUGGUGGAACUCAAAGGAACUCUUCCUGAAACUGGUUGUUGCUUCGACUGUUGAUGCCAGUUUGGUUCCUUUGGAGUUCAUGGCAGGUCAAGCUUGGGACUCACAGCAGAGAAUAAAAAAUGGGAAGAACCCAGUAAGCUUUGACUAACUGAUACAGCAACAAAGGACCUAGUGCUGUGUAAUGUGGUAAAUGUGGGGUUUGUGGUCUUUCCCUGACUGCAAGGAACAUGCAAUACUGUAUCAGAGACAGAACUUUGAUGUCUUGUGGAAAAAUGAUUCCUUUCUCCCCCUCCCAUCAAACUAAUGUGAAAACAUGGACCCUCCACUGUGUCCUGUUUGCUUGCAGUGGAAGGGAACUGUUGCAGAACUGAAAUCUAGAGUUGUUUGUGCCUCAUCCAUCGUUUGUGUGUGUUGCAGAGCUGGAAGAAGGAACCUCCUCCCAACAAAUGCCUUCACUCUGGUUAAUAUCUAAUUGAAGCAAGCUAUGGAAACAAGUCUGUGCCCCAAAAGCAGUGCUGAGCAGGCAGUGCUGAGCAGCUAUUGCUGACUACAAAACUGGGAACAAAAAGUCAUUUUUUUUUUC